AUGAGAAAGUUCAAUGCUUGGCUUGUGUUCUUCAAGCGCGAGUGGAAUUGGAAUUGGCCUUUCCUCGUCGGCUUCGCUAUCACCGGGAUUCUCAUCACCAAGUUCUCUCUCUGUCUCACUGGGAUCGAGGAUGCGAAGAACUCGCCUUUUGUACAGAGGCAUAAGAAGUAG